AUGUCCAAAACGAAUACAUUACUCACAGCAAUGAUUUUACAUACAACCUGCCGUAAUAAUAUUUAUCCACGAAGUGAUGUGAAACGUUUUACCGUUCCGGAUAAUUGUGUUCCAUGGAAUGUGCCAUUGGAUUAUAAACCACCAACAUAUACGUCCGCCCAUAUACUUGCCGGUCAAGUAUGGGCAGAUCCCGAUAUAAAAGAUUCACAAUUUAAACCUAAAUGGAAUUCGUUAGAUGGCAAUGUAAAUCGUGUAUCCUUUCAAGGUGCAUAUGCUAUAGACGAUCAGGGAUAUCCUCUUAAUCCUAUGGGUCGAACGGGUUUAAAGGGACGUGGCGUAUUGGGUAGAUGGGGACCAAAUCAUGCUGCUGAUCCAAUUGUUACUCGCUGGAAACGUGAUGCGGAGGGCAGUGUUUUAAAACAUGAGGACACUAAGAAGAAUAUUUUACAAAUGGUUGCCAUACAAAGACGUGACAAUGGUAUGUGGGCCAUACCCGGUGGCAUGGUAGAUCCUGGUGAAAAAGUAUCCACCACAUUGCGGCGAGAAUUUAUGGAAGAAGCAUUGGAUAGUUUUAAGGAUAAACAAAUGAUUGAAGAUUUUUUUGCCCAAGGCGUCGAGGUCUAUAAAGGUUAUGUUGAUGAUUAUCGUAAUACAGAUAAUGCCUGGAUGGAAACGGUAGCCUAUAAUUUUCAGGACGAGUCGGGAACACAAGUAGGUAAACUACAGUUAUCGGCAGGUGAUGAUGCUGCAAAAGUUCAAUGGAUGGAUUUGAAUAGAAAUAAAGAAUUGCAUGCAAACCAUUCGUGGAUAAUUGAAAAAGUCAUUAAAUUAUUAAAUGCUCAUUGGUAGACAAA